AGAUCGGGGGACUCGGCUGUGCCCUCCUGAACGGCGGCCGGUGUCCCCGCGGCGCCGGGCUGCGGAGUAGAGGGGCCGCGGCGGCCGCGGCUGUUGCAUGUGUGGCUGCUGGAUGCGGAGGCGGCGGCGACGGCGGCGGCGAGGGGCAGCAGCGGCGGCAGGAUGUUAGGGCAGCAGCAGCAGCAGCAACUCUACUCGUCGGCGGCGAUCCUCACCGGGGAGCGGAGCCGGCUUCUCACCUGCUACGUGCAGGACUACCUCGAGUGUGUGGAGUCGCUGCCCCACGACAUGCAGAGGAACGUGUCUGUGCUUCGAGAGCUGGACAACAAAUAUCAAGAAACAUUAAAGGAAAUUGAUGAUGUCUAUGAAAAAUAUAAGAAAGAAGAUGAUUUAAACCAGAAAAAACGCCUACAGCAGCAUCUCCAGAGAGCACUAAUCAAUAGUCAAGAAUUGGGAGAUGAAAAAAUUCAGAUUGUCACACAGAUGCUCGAACUGGUGGAAAAUCGGGCAAGGCAAAUGGAGCUACAUUCCCAGUGUUUUCAAGAUCCUGCUGAGAGUGAACGAGCCUCCGAUAAAGCAAAAAUGGAUUCCAGCCAGCCAGAGAGAUCGUCAAGGAGACCCCGAAGGCAGCGCCCCAGCGAGAGCCGCGAUUUAUGUCACAUGACUAAUGGCAUUGAAGACUGUGACGAUCAGCCACCUAAAGAAAAGAAAUCCAAGUCUGCCAAGAAAAAGAAACGCUCCAAGGCCAAGCAGGAAAGGGAAGCUUCACCAGUUGAGUUUGCAAUAGAUCCCAAUGAACCUACAUACUGUCUAUGUAACCAAGUGUCUUACGGGGAGAUGAUCGGAUGUGAUAAUGAACAGUGUCCAAUUGAGUGGUUUCACUUUUCGUGUGUUUCGCUUACCUAUAAACCAAAGGGGAAAUGGUAUUGCCCGAAGUGCAGGGGAGAUAAUGAGAAAACAAUGGACAAAAGUAAUGAAAAGACAAAAAAGGAGAGGAGAUCGAGGUAGUAAAGGCCAUCCACAUUUUAAAGGGUUGUCUUUUAUAUAAUACUUUC